AUGACGGCUCCGCUUCCAAUGGCCGAUCGUUGCUUUGGUAUAACCAACAUCAAAACUCACAUUCCUCUCAUCUUGGAUCUUGAUGAACACAACUACGACGCUUGGCGUGAGUUGUUUCUUACUCAUUGUCUCACGUUUGAUGUCCUUCGACACGUAGACGGUAUGUCUACACCCGAUGGAGAUAACGAUCAACAAUGGCUCAAGCGUGAUGGGCUAGUGAAGCUCUGGAUCUACGGAACAUUGACUCCUCCGCUUUUCAAGUCAUCAUUCAAAACCGGUGGAACAGCCAGAGACGUUUGGAUCCGUAUUGAGAACCAGUUUCGAAGCAACAAAGAAGUUCGUGCAAUGCAAAUUGACAAUGAGAUACGAAACUUGGAAAUAGGAGAUCAGUCCACCCUUGUCUAUGCUCAACGUUUGAAAUCUUUAGCCGAUCUUCUCUCUAAUUUGGAGGCACCGGUGAAUGAACGUAGUCUUGUGAUGUAUAUGUUGAAUGGUCUAAAUGAAAAAUUUGACAAUAUUAUCAAUGCCAUCAAGCACCAAAAACCGUUUCCCUUGUUUGACGAUGCCAAGUCCAUGCUGCUUGAUGAAGAAUCCCGCCUCAAGAGAUUCAACAAACCGAACCCCCAAAGCACUGAUCACGCGUCAUCACCGACUGCUCUCCUCACUGAUAGUUCACCGUCAACCCAACACUCGCAACACCGCAACAACAGUCGUGGCAGAUGA